AUGUGUAAUUUUCUAAUACUUUUCUGUACUUAUAUCCAAAUAGUCAAGUCUAACCCACAUUUAUUGGACAGAUUCUUUGGCAAACCAGUAGAUGAAUCAAUGGACUUGUUCAGGAAUCCUCAGAUUUAUCGUUACGUUUACAUUAACGAACAACCGAACCGUCCCAAGAAAUCGACAUUGAAUGCAGUACACUGGGAUAACCUACACCCAUCACGUAAAAAUCCAUUUUCUAUUGAAAACGAUGACUUCUGUACUACAUCCAAAUGGGUAAUUGGUGCAGUUACGUGUGUUAUUUGUUUACUAUUUCUCGUUGUACUUGGACAUAUUAUCAAAAAUUGCAUAAAAAAAAAACGAAAUUAUAGUGAAUUAGAAUGUCAAGGAGACUGCGGAUGUGAACCGGGUCAAUGUGAACUUUGUCAAAAUAAUAUCAAUGAUUUUUGA